GAGAAGGACUACAUUGUAAAUGUAUCUGUGUUUUAUGAACUGGACUAAAAGCUAUGGUGUCUUUUCUCUGUAUGUAGAAUCAGCUGGUUCAGCCACAGACAGACAUUCUUCAGAUGAUCCAGGACAGAAUGAAGAAGAUUCAAGAGAUUCAAUACUCAGUAGGGCUGAAAAGGAGUAACACAGAGAAAGUGAAAUCAUCCAGUGUUGAGAUCUUCACCGAUCUGAUGCGCUCCAUUCAGAGAUGUCAGUUUGAGCAGCUGAAGAUGAUGGAGGAACAGCAGAGAGCAGCAGAGAAACAGGCUGCAGAUCUCAUUAAAGAGCUGCAUCAGGAAAUCACUGAGCUGAAGAAGAGAAACACUGAGAUGAACUCAUCCCUGUCCAGUCGUCCACACACCAAGAACUGGACUGAGAUCAGGAUUGACUCUGAUGUGAAUUUGAUCCCUCUGUAUAGAGCUCUGACUCAACUGAAGAAUACUCUGAAUAAAAAAUUCUAUCAAACAGUGUCCAUGGGGUUGAAGUUUGUGCAGAAGUAUGCAGUGGAUGUGACUCUGGAUCCUGAUACGGCAAAUCCAUAUCUUAUCCUGUCUGAUGAUGGAAAACAAGUCAGUGAUGGAGACAUUGAGCAGGACGUCCCAGAAAACCCAAAGAGAUUUGAUGAGAGUUUGAGUGUUCUGGGAAAGCAGGGAUUCAGUUCAGGGAAAUUUUACUAUGAGGUGCUUGUGAAGGGAAAGUCUAAUUGGGAUUUAGGAGUGGCCAAAGAAUCCAUUAAUAGGAAAGAGGACAUUAGCCCAAGUCCUGAGGAUGGAAUCUGGAAUGUGAUUCUGAGGAAUGAGAAUCAAUAUAAAGCUUGUGAUAAUUCAUCUAUCUUGUUAUCUCUGAAAGUGAAACCUGAGAAGGUGGGAGUGUUUGUGGAUUAUGAGGAGGGUCUGGUCUCUUUUUACAAUGUGGGCUCCAGCUCUCAUAUCUACUCUUUCACUGGUCAGACUUUCACUGAGAAACUCUAUCCAUAUUUUAACCCAGGCCUUAAUGAUAAAGGUAAAAACUCAAACCCACUGAUCAUCACACAUGUCAAACUAAAUUAACAAAUCCCCCAAAAUAUGAAACAUGAAAUCUAGAAAGAUACUAUGCAUGUGUAUUUAUAAGGAUUAUAAUUAGCAAAUCAAAUAAUAAUAUGAUUAAAUAUUUUUAAUAUUUAGAAAUUCUGUAAAAUAUUAUAAACUUCUACAUCUGUAAGGAAAUUUCCAUUGUCCAUUAUCUCUCUCUCUCUCUCUCUCUCUCUCUCUCUCUCUCUCUCUCUCUCUCUCUCUCCUUUUCAGCUGUUAACUUCAAAAUUGCUUGUAAAACAUUGCAAUUCUUGGUUUAUAUUGGAAUAACUGCAACAUCUGAAUAAAGGCCAAUGUUAAAUUUUAUUAGAUUACUUGUAAACUAAAUUUCUU